GUUGGCAACCAUGAGAAACUGUCACGACUCAACCAGCGACGGCCAAGCGUUUCUCUUCGUCAACAAAUCUCUCGACUCCAAGUCCCUGUCGAGGAGCGAACGCGGCAUCGCUAAACUCAUCAAUCGACAUGCUCAACGAGUGCAGAACCGGAAAAGUGAAAAUCGUCGAAUCCAGUCCCUAAAGACCAAUGCUUCAUCCGCCCGUCGCAUCGCCCUAGAUGGCUGGAAUCGCAAGGAGACCUCGACUCAAGGUUCUAGUGGAAGUGACCCAGAAACCCCUUCGUCACCAGCAACGGAUUCGUCCAGUGGGCUCACACCGUCAGAUGCUCCCUUUCAUGUCACUACUCCAUCAAAUCAAUGCUCAUAUGGCACCUCUACUUCAUCACCAGCAACCUUUUCUGUGGUCCAAAGCCAUUAUGGCCCGCUGACGAGGAGGCUCAGCAGCGACGAUCGCUGUCGUGACCAUCAAGUCUCACUUGACCAUGGGUAUGGGCAUGUUGACAAGAACAGUAGUAGUGAUGAAGAUGCAGAGGCUCUAAUACUUUCAGCGACAGUUCAUCGCACGUCUUUUAGUCCCAAGGUGGGCAUGGACUCCUUCGGUGCCGGUAGCAUCCACAUCACUAGCAGCAUCCAUUCGGUCCUCCAGCAUCUUUUGCAGAUCUACGCGUACUCGGGCAACAAUUAUAAAAUCGCACACCUACCAAUCCAACUACAGAAAUCCAUGCCCCAAUUCCCUAUUCAAACAGUGGUCCAGCGAAGCGUAUAUAAGGAACACCACCUAUAUUCACUCAUAGCCGCCGCAACGGCUCGCAUGAAGCACGUCUGGUACGAGGGAAGCCCCGCUGGAGAUCCACGAGAGGUCUAUCGCAUUGCCGUACGACACCUCCGCAAAGAACUCAUGGACAACGCCCGGACGGGGACGGUCGACAAACAGACGCUGAUGGACCUGGUCUUCAUCAUCGUCAGCGAAACUCAGUAUGGACUGUUCGACGAGGCGCGCAAACAUUUACAGGUCAUCGCACGACUUCACCACCUCCUCGACCCCAACAUAUAUCUCGACCACUGGAUCUCCGAAUCAACAGCCCACGUCGACAAUCAACUGGCCCUGAUGACCGGACAACCGCCCGUCCUACCAUUCGACUUCGACCCAGGUCCCAUGUUACCGGAACGACUGAACAUGCUCAAACGCGAAGCACGACGGGUUCUCACAUAUGGAUACCCAUCCCCCACGACUCACCUGGUGGCGCACCAUCCACCACAGAAAUUCAACGACGUGAUGCAAAACCUCUCUCGAACGCUAGACCACCGAAUGGGCACGAAUUUGAGCGGCGGGAUCCGCGCAGGGGUGUUUGCCGGCCAUUUUGGAAAGAGCGUGGCCGAUCUAGUCGACUGCAUCGAAAUCGCAAAGGUGGUAUGGCUAUCACCCAUUGCAGUAUGUUUCGACGCCGAAUGGCUCUGUCGAAAGGCUCGAUCAGUGCUACGAUCAUUACUCGCCAUGUCCCCAGCACUUGAUCCAGGAAGUUAUGCACGUCCAAUGAGUCUCUACACCAAAUGUACCGAAGCACUGCGCCAGACGAUAAUCCUAAUGUUGACGUACGCGUGCACCGUCAUCGGCGAUCAAACGGCACAAGCCAACGUGAUUAAAUUUCGAGAUGCCUGCGCAGAAGCAUUUACUUACUGGACGCCUUCGGUGUCAUGGUCCCUGGACUGUGGGUCAAACGAUCCGUUUCGAAAACUCACUCCGUUUGAACAUACUCAGGCCGGUCUGGCCCUCUGGUCGGUUUUGAUCGGGGUGUGGGUCGCAACUGACUAUCCUCGUGAAGAAGAAUGGUUUCUCACCCGUGCGGUCAAUCUCUGUACUUAUUUCGGCUACAAGACCUACGACGACCUCAACGCCCAUAUGUCGCAGUACAUGUAUUCCCGCAAUUUACAGGAAGCAAGUCUCCGACGUGCCGUACAGGCUUUACAGGCUCGAAUUCAGUUUGAGUCGCAAUUGCUCAGGCGGCCUAUGGCUGAUCAAAGCGUGUGACUGCGAAACCCAUCACGGGCCAAAAAACAUGGACGAAUGGGAACCCCAAGCCUUGUUCACCAAGUACUAAAGCACACGACAUGACACUUCCUUCGCGAGAGACGAAGACGCGGACGCACUUUUCUCCCCAUGUGUGAUACCUACCAACCUAGGUCGCACCGAGGGAGAGAGGGGUGAGAACUACGUUACCUACCUACCUACCUACCUACUUAGAGGAUGGUCGAGAACUCCCCCAAUCCCCCUUUGGUAACCGUUUCUGGACGAUUACUUCAUCCUUUGUAAUCACCCUCCAGCCAUCUUUGGCGGGGAAGCGAGGGGCCGAAGGGCACUGAGGCGUUUACUUACCGUAUUCUGGCCACGACUAGGCUGGAUCUCAAUGCAAAAUGCAAUGCCCCCCUUAGUUGUCACAAUGACUAAACCAACAAUGGAGGGCGACUGCGAACUCUAGAAUUGCUUUUUGCUUGCUCUGAGACUCCCUCUUUCAUACUUCUAGACGCGCACACGCACACACGCGCGCACACACACACACACACACACACUCUCUCUCUCUCUCUCU